GAAACCCAGGCCUGGGGGCCCGGUCUUUAGAGAGCUGGUGUGGUCCAAGGGACACUGGUCGUGUGGGGCAGGUUUUGGACUGGGCUUCCUUGGGAAUAGGGGCAGUGAGCAGUUCGGGCGAAGUUCCGAGGGUUAGGACGUGAGCGGCACACGCGAGAGGCACAGGUUCCGGCAGGAUGUCUUGGAGAAAUGGAAGCGUGAACUCCAAAACUCGCACGCGGAUAGUGGUGACGUCAUGGCUUUCCGUCCCCAAGGCAACCGGCGGCUGAGUCUGGAGCUGUGGUGACUUAAGAGCAGGCCUGGACUAACCCGGAAGAAUGGACUGAGUUCCUCCAGCCAAGCGCAGGGUGAAAAGUUUUGGGGUAGCUGCGUCCUCUGGUGGAUGCUUGGAGAGACGGAACUGGGGCAGAAGAAGAGAGAAUUGCCAGAGUGGUGCCUGCGGCUCAUUUGUUUUUUUAGUGGUGUUGCUGCUCGCUUAGAGGAGGUCCUGGCCCUUUAAGUCCACGAGCGAGGCCCCGCCCCUGGCCCGGCGCCCCGCCCCUCACUCUGGAGCCGGGAGCCUGGAGCCUGCAGCCGGGAGCCUGGAGCCUGCAGCCUGUGCUCUUCCUGACGCGCGCCCCGCCCUCCCCAGCUGCGCACUCUUGGUCCAGCUGUGCGCACACGUCGGGAGUCCCAGCCAUGUCUGCGGAGAGAGAGGUAGCCGAGGCGGCGACGGUGGAGGCGGCAGCUGAGGCAGGGGCCGGGGAAGACGCCUCUACACAGCUACCGAAAGCCGAGGCAGAGAACGACCCCCAGCCGCCGGCGGCCCAGGAGGGGGCGGCUGCCGCAUCGCCGCCGCCUUUGCGCUGUCUGGUGCUCACCGGCUUCGGCGGCUAUGACAAAGUGAAGCUGCAGACCCGGCCGGCUGCUCCUCCGGCUCCCGGGCCGGGUCAGCUCACGCUGCGCGUCCGGGCCUGCGGUCUCAACUUCGCCGACCUCAUGGCCCGGCAGGGGCUGUACGACCGGCUGCCGCCGCUGCCUGUCACUCCGGGAAUGGAGGGCGCGGGCGUCGUCAUCGCCGUGGGCGAGGGAGUCAGCGAUCGCAAGCCAGGGGACCGGGUGAUGGUGUUGAACCAGUCAGGGAUGUGGCAGGAGGAGGUGACUGUGCCCACAACCCACACCUUUCUGAUGCCUGAGGCCAUGACUUUUGAGGAAGCAGCUGCCUUGCUGGUCAAUUAUAUCACAGCCUACUUGGUCCUCUUUGACUUUGGCAACCUACGGCCUGGCCACAGCGUCUUGGUACACAUGGCUGCAGGGGGUGUAGGUAUGGCAGCUGUGCAGCUGUGCCGCACGGUGGAGAAUGUGACAGUGUUCGGAACAGCCUCAGCCAACAAGCACGAGGCGCUGAAGGAGAAUGGGGUCACACACCCCAUCGACUACCAUACGACUGACUACAUGGAUGAAAUCAAGAAGAUCUCCCCUAAAGGAGUGGACAUUGUCAUGGACCCUCUAGGUGGGUCAGAUACUGCCAAGGCCUACAACCUCCUCAAACCCAUGGGCAAAGUCAUCACCUAUGGAAUGGCCAACCUGCUGACUGGCCCCAAGCGGAACCUGAUGGCCCUGGCCCGCACAUGGUGGAAUCAAUUCAGCAUAACAGCUCUGCAGCUGCUGCAGGCCAACCGAGCUGUGUGUGGCUUCCACCUGGGCUACCUGGAAGGUGAGGUGGAGCUGGUCAGUGGUGUGGUGGCCCGCCUCCUGGCUCUGUACAACCAGGGCUGCAUCAAGCCCCACAUUGACUCAGUGUGGCCCUUUGAGAAGGUGGCUGAGGCCAUGAAGCAGAUGCAGGAGAAGAAGAACGUGGGCAAAGUCCUCCUGGUUCCUGGCCCAGAGAAGGAGAAUUAGGGCAAGAGGCUGUGGGACCCUAGAGACUUGGGAAGGGGAAAGUUGGGAAUCCACGUCCUAUUGACCACCAGACUUUGCAUUUCAUCCUCCAUAGUAAUGCUGUGCCCUCUCUCUCCCGCAGGUCUCUGUGCUAUGGCCACUCCCUUGCCCUAUUCUCUCUCUUUGGCCAGGGCUGCCCCCACCCCCUUCCUUCCCUCGGAAGAGGUUGGGAAGUGACCACUUGGAUGUCUGGGCCCUGCCAAGGGGACAGGGAGGGUCAGAGGGAGGCCGGCUGCUUCCUGCCCCCCUGCCCCCACCCUUUCCCCUGCUGUGCUGCUUUUGUGCCAAGGUCAGCCAGUCCUUACCCGUCCCUCUACCCCCAUUUUCUAUGUUUUUCCACCACUGCCUCACCUUCCCUCCUGCCCCUGCCCCACCACCUCCCCAAAGAAUAGGAUUGUCAGCUCAGGAUAUGGGGCCAAUACUGUGCUAGUCCAGCAUGUAUAUCUCUCCCUAGUGUCCCUUCAGUCUGGGCCAACCUCUGGGCCAGACCAGUCCCCAACCUUGUCCUCUGUCCCCAACUUCUUAAGCACAAUUGGGCUUCUUACACCCCCAGGUUUUCUGCUAUCCAUAACCAAGGCUGCCUCUUACAACAAGGGUGGGAAUCCGCCCUGCUCCCCUAGGUCAUGAUUCUGGGAGGGAUACAGAGCUCCCCACCCUUUACUGAGUUCUCUGGAUUUGUUCUCAGUGCCUUAGCAAUGAAAACCUAUGCUUGUGUGUUUGGUGGGGGCUGGGGGACUGUCGCCUGCCUCCUACUCCACCUCUGUACUCCCCAGUGCCUUCCUAGUUCUGGUGGAGCUGGGGCUUCAGUCCUCCCCAGUCCCACAACACUGCCAAAAAUCUGUGUGUGUGUGCCAGUAGCUGGGGCAGAGCUAAAGUAGGUGCCCUCCUUAUGGCCUGUGCCACGUCCUGCCUCUAGGGGGGUCUAAGUGGGGAAGCUUCCUCAGCCUUGCAGAUAAAGUGUGACAUUUACUAGCUAUAGCUCCCAGAGGCAAUGCUGUUUCUUGUUCUGGGACCAAAGUAAAAAUCCAAGCACAUUCCGCUUGUUAGUCAAGGGAGGCCUGACUGCUUUCUCAGAGCAGGGAGGCAACUUUUUAAACUCAGCCUCAAACUUUGUUUACAUGGGUGGGAGGCGGAGCAGGUGAGUGCAGAGGGGGUUGGUCAGGACCUGGGCCACUGGGACCAAAAUGGGGAUAUCUGAGGCAGAGGGUCACUACCUCUGCUAGCUGAGCUGGGAUUAGGGAGAGUUACUGCCCAGCCAUUGCAAUGGGAGGUGGGGGGAGCAGGCUCAGACUCUUCAUUGUCUAAAUGAGGCCUGUGAAGUGCUAUUUUUGCUUUUGUGUAUCCCACCCCAUUGCCGAAGCUGCCUUUGUGUUCUUGUCAAUAAAAAGCCAAAUCCUG